GGCGGAGCCCGGGGCUCGCUCGGGACACACAGGCGGGCGGGUCGGAGCGCGCGCAGCCCGCGAGCUGGCCAGCGAGGGGAGCCGCGGGGGGCGCGCCCCGGGAGGGCCCCCGCAGGCGCGCAGGAUGCCCCAUGAGGAGGGGCCGCCGCUGCAGAGGCCCCGCUACGGCUCGAUCGUGGACGAUGAGAGGCUCUCUGCGGAGGAGAUGGACGAGAGGCGGCGGCAGAACAUCGCCUACGAGUACCUGUGCCACCUGGAGGAAGCCAAGAGGUGGAUGGAGGUCUGCCUGGUGGAGGAGCUGCCGCCGACCACCGAGCUGGAGGAGGGGCUACGCAACGGGGUUUACCUCGCCAAGCUGGCCAAGUUCUUCGCCCCGACGCUGGUCUCGGAGAAGAAGAUCUACGACGUGGAGCAGACGCGCUACAAGAAGUCUGGCCUGCACUUCCGACACACCGAUAACACCGUGCAGUGGCUGCGAGCAAUGGAGUCCAUCGGUCUGCCCAAGAUAUUUUACCCAGAGACCACAGAUGUCUACGACCGGAAGAACAUCCCGAGGAUGAUCUACUGCAUACACGCGCUGAGUUUGUAUCUGUUCAAACUAGGAAUAGCCCCCCAGAUCCAGGACCUGCUGGGCAAGGUGGACUUCACAGAGGAGGAAAUCAGUAACAUGAGAAAAGAACUGGAGAAAUACGGGAUACAGAUGCCGGCCUUCAGCAAGAUCGGCGGCAUCCUAGCCAGCGAGCUGUCGGUGGACGAAGCUGCCUUGCAUGCCGCGGUCAUAGCCAUCAACGAGGCCGUCGAGAAGGGCAUCGCGGAGCAGACCAUUGUGACACUACAAAACCCCAACGCGGUCCUGAGCGCGGUGGACGACGGCCUCGCGGAGGGCUACCAGAGAGAACUGUGGGAAGCCAAAAAGAAGAAGGAGGACACGGCCAGGCUGAAGAACAGCCGUGUUGCAGAAGAGGAGAGAGACGCGUACGAGGAACUGCUGACCCAAGCGGAAAUCCAGGGGCACGUCAACACAGUCAACAGGCUGGCCGCGGUGGACCGCAUCAACGCUGCCAUUCGGGAGGGAGACCCCGAGGUCACGCUGCUCGCCCUCAUGAGACCGGAGGCCCAGCUGCCCACUGUUUACUCCUUUGCUGCUGCUCUGUAUCAAAGCGAGCUCUUCACCCUACAGAAACAGAGUGACACGAACCACCUGGCCCACGAGGAGCUGUCGAUCGCGGUGGAGAUGUUGUCGGCCGUGGCUCUGCUGAACCAGGCCCUGGGGAGCCAUGACCUUGAGUCCGUGCAGAACCAACUGAGGAACCCCGCCGCAGGCUUCAACAACCUGGACGAGGCGCACGUGCAACGGUACGCGAACGAGCUGCUGUCGGUGAAGCUGGAAGCCGCGGCCCAAGGGCAGGAGAGCCUGAGCUGGAAUGAAAUCCAGAACUGCAUCGACGUGGUCAACGUCCAGAUCCAAGAAGAGGAAGCUCUGGUCGUAGCCGUCGGGUAUAUCAAUGAGGCCAUCGAUAGAGGGAACCCUCUGAAGACCCUGGACGCGCUGCUGCUGCCGACUGCUAAGAUCAGAAACGUGGACCCCGACCACGCCCAGCACUACCAGGACAUUCUCUACCAGGCCAAAUCGCAGAAGCUCAGGGAUGCCGAGAGCGUCUCCAAGGUGCUGUGGCUGGAUGAGAUACAGCAAGCCAUCGACGAGGCCAACUUGGACCAUGACAAAGCCAAGCAGUGGGUCACGCUGGUGGUCGACGUCAACCAGUGUUUGGAGGGGGUGCAGUCGAGUGACAUCUUGUCCGUCUUGAAGUCCUGCACGUGUCGCCCGCACGACAUCCUGCCCGAGUGCGCCGACAGCUACCACAACUCCCUUGCGAAGGCAAAACAGCUCAAGUCUGAGCGAGUGUCUAGUGAAGGACCGUGGCUCAAAUUCCCCGUGAAGGAGGAUUGGGACUACUAUUACAACGUCGAUUCCAAGGAGGGCUCCUGGGUCACGCCGGAGCCGUGCUUGACCAAGGACUCGUGGCUCACAGGACAAGAAAUCGAGGACAUCGUCGCGAAGGUCACAGAAGAGCACAUCCGGGAGAAGAUGUGGUCGGCGUCCCAGGAGUCGCUCCUCGGCUUUCAGAGCACGAGCUUCGGGCCCCGCCUCCGCCAAGAGUUUGAAGCCAGGAAGUCGUUUCUGAGUGAACAGGAAGGGAGUGUGGUCAAAAUCCAGGCCUUCUGGAAGGGACAGAAGCAGCGCCAGGCGUACACGCAGCGGCGACAGAUGUUCGCCCGUAGCGUUGGUGAAAUCGUGAAGAUUCAGUCCUGGUUCCGGAUGGCGGCGGCGAGGAAGAGGUACCGCUCCCGGCUGCAGUAUUUCAAAGACCACAACAACGAAAUCGUGAAGAUACAGUCACUGUUGAGAGCCAGCCGAGCCCGGGGCGACUACAAGACGCUAGUGGGCUCCGAGAACCCGCCGUUGACGGUCAUCCGCAAGUUCGUCCACCUGCUGGACCAGAGUGACCUGGACUUCCAGGAGGAGCUGGAGGUGGCACGGCUGCGGGAGGAGGUGGUGACCAAGAUCAGGGCCAACCAGCAGCUGGAGAAGGACCUCAACCUGAUGGACAUCAAGAUCGGCCUGCUGGUGAAGAACAGGAUCACGCUGGAGGACGUCAUUUCGCACAGAACCAAGCUGAACAAGAAAAAGGGGGGAGAGACGGAGAUGCAGAAUAACGUCGACAACCAGGGCAUCAAGAGCCUGAGUAAGGAGAGGAGAAAGACCCUGGAGGCCUACCAGCAGCUGUUCUACCUGUUACAGACCAACCCCUCGUACCUGGCCAAGCUGAUCUUCCAGAUGCCGCAGAACAAGUCCACGCGGUUCAUGGACACCGUGGUGUUCACGCUGUACAACUACGCCUCCAACCAGCGCGAGGAGUACCUGCUGCUGAAGCUCUUCCAGACGGCGCUGGAGGAGGAGGUCAAAUCCAAGGUGGACCAGGUGCAGGACAUCGUCACGGGAAACCCCACGGUCAUCAAGAUGGUCGUGAGCUUCAACAGAGGGGCCCGGGGGCAGAGCUCCCUGCGGCAGCUGCUGGCGCCCGUGGUGCAGGAGAUCAUCGACGACAAGGCCCUGGUCAUCAACACCAGCCCCGUGGAGGUGUACAAGGCCUGGGUGAACCAGCUGGAGACGCAGACCGGGGAGGCCAGCAACCUGCCUUACGACGUGACCACCGAGCAGGCCCUGACACACCCGGAAGUCCAAGCCAGGCUGGAGACGUCCAUCGAGAACCUGCGCCGGGUCACGGACCGCGUCCUCGGCUCCAUCGUCUCCUCCCUCGACCUCCUGCCUUAUGGAUUGAGGUAUGUAGCCAAAGUGCUGAAGAACUCCAUCCAUGAGAAAUUCCCCGAGGCCUCGGAGGAUGAGCUGUUGAAGGUCGUGGGGAACCUGCUCUACUACCGCUACAUGAACCCCGCCAUCGUGGCCCCUGAUGGCUUCGACAUCAUCGACAUGACCGCCGGGGGCCAGAUCAGCCCCGACCAGCGCCGGAACCUGGGCUCCGUGGCCAAGGUGCUGCAGCACGCGGCCUCCAACAAGCUGUUCGAGGGGGAGAAUGAGCACCUGUCGUCCAUGAACAGCUACCUGUCGGAGACGUACCAGCAGUUCAGGAAGUACUUCAAAGAAGCGUGUGACGUCCCCGAGCCCGAGGAGAAGUUCAACGUGGACAAGUACACAGACUUGGUGAUGGUCAGCAAGCCGGUCAUCUACAUCUCCAUCGAGGAGAUCAUCAGCACACACUCGCUCCUGCUGCAGCACCUGGCCGCCAUCGCCCCCGAGAAGAAUGACUCCCUGGGCGAGCUGCUGGCGUCGCUGGGAGAGGUGCCCAGCGUGGAGUCGUUCCUGGGAGAGGGAGCCGUAGACCCCAACGACCCCAACAGGGCAAACACACUGAGCCAGCUCUCCAAGACGGAGAUCUCCCUUUCCCUGACGAGCAAGUACGACGUGGGGGACGGCGAGGCUGUGGACGGCCGGAGCCUCCUGAUCAAGACCAAGAAGCUGAUCGUGGACGUGAUCCGGAGCCAGCCGGGGAACACUCUGAUGGAAAUCUUAGAGGCCCCAGCCACGGAAGAGCAGGAACAGGACCAUGCCGCGGACAUGGCGAGCCGGGCGGCCAGGACCGCAGGAGACCAGGGGCAGAGCCAGCCCCUGGUGGAGGACGCCCAGCUGCCCCUGGAGCAGAAGAAGAGGAAGAUCCAGAGGAACCUGCGGACGCUGGAGCAGACCGGACUCGUGUCCUCCGCCAACAAGUACCAGGACAUCCUCAACGAGAUCGCCAAGGAUGUUCGGAAUCAAAGAAUCUACCGGAAGCUUCGGAAAGCUGAGCUGGCCAAGCUGCAGCAGACGCUGCUCGCCCUGAACAAGAAGGCGGCGUUCUACGAGGAGCAGAUCAACUACUACGACACCUACAUAAAGACCUGCCUGGACAACCUCAACAGGAAGAACUCCCGGAGGUCCAUCAAGCUGGACGGCAAGGGCGAGCCGAAGGGGACGAAGAGAGCGAAGCCGGUGAGGUACACGGCGGCGCGGCUGCACGAGAAGGGCGUACUGCUGGGGAUCGAUGACCUGCAGACAAACCAGUUCAAGAACGUCCUGUUUGACAUCGUGGCCACUGAGGACGUGGGCAUCUUCGACGUCCGGUCCAAGUUCCUCGGUGUGGAGAUGGAAAAGGUGCAGCUCAACAUCCAGGACCUGCUACAGAUGCAGUACGAGGGCGUGGCCGUGAUGAAGAUGUUCGACAAGGUCAAGGUGAACGUGAACCUGCUCAUCUACCUGCUCAACAAGAAGUUCUACGGGAAGUGAGGCGGCCGCGCCCUCGCACCGGGCCCUCACCGCACAAGGGAUGUGUUGAGUAUUUUUUUUAAACACGAUCAAAAUCACUGCUUAGAAA